AUGAUAGAGGCUCUUACUGCCCAGUCACAAGUUCAAAUGCUCGAAGAGGGAGCAGACGAGAUCAUCCAACGUGUCGUAACGAAACCCGAGCGGCGCUUUGCCAUUUACACAUGGAACUACGACCAGCAGGGCAAUUUGAAACAUGCUCCGCACAUCACAAAAGAAGAGCUAGAGGCGUGGAGGAAACUCGAUCCGGAAUGGAAGAUUCGCCCCGUUGAACCUAAAGACAUGCCACUGCCAGUCAAGAAGAAACUCAAGACGAGCCAUGAUGGACACCUCAUGCCGGGAUUCGACGACUACACGAUAGAUGAGCGGAGGGAGGCGCUCAAAGCGACAGGGCCCGGUGGUUUUGCCAUGAAGGACGUUCUACGGAGAAUUGACCGGCGGGAACGCGAGCAACUGGCGAUAGAGUUGCAACAAUCUGAAGCCAAGGUGGAGGUCUUGCAGCAACAUAUCGCUGCCGAAGAGAUCAAGAAAGAGUGGGAAACAAUGGAGAUGAUGGCCUUGCAGAGCGGCGAUGGGGUUGUCCAGAAGAUAGGAGGGACAAACGUGUUGGAGUUGAGACAGAAGAAGAGAAAACUAUCGGCUUGA